AAUAGCCAGUCUGUUCAUACGACAAUCAGUUGAACACACCUAAGUUGUUCCCACAGAUUAGCCACUGAUUGUUAGAAAAGUCCUUCACUUCCUUUAUAUUGAUUUAUGGCAGCAAUAGAAAUCCACUACCGGGGGAAGACACGCCCCCUUUUAGCUGAGAACCUAUAAAUGUCAAGGCGUUUUCAUUCAAAUUGAGAACCCAGCAAAAUGGGGACCUCCGCAGUCAUCCUUGGAAUAUGUCUUUUAUUGAGUCAAGUUCUAACCACAGUAUCUUCAACAACGCAAACAGAAUCGAUCACUGAAGACCGAACACAAAUCACAGAAACUACUUUCUGGGAGACGCAGACAAUCAACUCUGUUUCUGAAUCAGAUCUUCCUGGAACCCAUGCUUCUUCAUUUCACACGGAGGAACCCUUAACCACAAUCACAGCAGAAGGGACCGAAUGGCAUUUGGCCCUGAGGCUGGUGAAUGGAGGUGACAGGUGUCAGGGCCGAGUGGAGGUCCUGUACCAAGGCUCCUGGGGCACCGUGUGUGAUGACAGCUGGGACACCAACGAUGCCAACGUGGUCUGCAGGCAGCUGGGCUGUGGCCGGGCCAUAUUGGCCCCAGGAAGUGCCCGGUUUGGUCAGGGCUCAGGGCCGAUUCUCCUGGAUGACCUGCGCUGCUCAGGGCAUGAGAGCUACUUGUGGAGCUGCCCCCACAGUGGCUGGCACACGCACAACUGUGGGCACCAGGAGGACGCUGGUGUCAUCUGCUCAGAUGCCCAGCGCUCGUCCACGGUCACGCCAGAUUGGCGGCACACAACGACUCCUUCCCAAACUUGGUGGCACCCAUCAACUACAACAGCAGCAAGGACCGAAUGGCAUUUGGCCCUGAGGCUGGUGAAUGGAGGUGACAGGUGUCAGGGCCGAGUGGAGGUCCUGUACCAAGGCUCCUGGGGCACCGUGUGUGAUGACAGCUGGGACACCAACGAUGCCAACGUGGUCUGCAGGCAGCUGGGCUGUGGCUGGGCCGUAUCGGCCCCAGGAAGUGCCCGGUUUGGUCAGGGCUCAGGGCCGAUUCUCCUGGAUGACCUGCACUGCUCAGGGCAAGAGAGCUACUUGUGGAGCUGCCCCCACAGUGGCUGGAACACGCACAACUGUGGGCAUCACGAGGACGCUGGUGUCAUCUGCUCAGAUGCCCCGCACUCGUCCACGGUCACGCCAGAUUGGCGGUACACAACGACUCCUUCCCAAACUUGGUGGCACCCAUCAACUACAACAGCAGCAGGUCCCUCUUCACAUUGUGGUGGCUUCUUGACCAGUGCCAGUGGGACAUUUUCCAGUCCAUCCUACCCUGGAUUGUACCCCAACAAUGCCAACUGUGUCUGGGAAAUAGAGGUGAACUCUGGCUAUCGCAUAAACCUGGGCUUCAACAAUUUACAGUUGGAGGUGCACAUUAAUUGCAUUUAUGAUUACAUUGAAAUCUUUGAUGAAUCACCGGGUAGCAAUAAUUCGCUGGGGAAAAUUUGUAAUCACACCAGCCAGAUAUUCACAUCUUCUUACAACCGAAUGACAGUUCGAUUUCGGAGUGAUGGCAGUGUCCAAAAACCUGGCUUUUCUGCUUGGUAUAACUCUUUUCCAAGAGACGCCCGCUUGAGAUUGGUCAACUCGAACUCCUCCUACCCCUCAUGUGCUGGGCGUGUGGAAAUUUACCAAGGUGGCCGAUGGGGAACUGUUUGUGAUGAUGGCUGGGACAUCCAGGAUGCCCAAGUGGUCUGCAGACAGCUGGGGUGUGGAAAUGCAGAGUUGGCCCCAGGAAACGCCUAUUUCGGCCCCGGCUCUGGCCCCAUCACCUUGGAUGACGUGGCGUGCUCGGGGACGGAAUCCACUCUCUGGCAGUGCCGGAACCGAGGCUGGUUCUCCCAUAACUGUGGCCACAGUGAAGACGCUGGAGUCAUUUGCUCAGUUCCUGCUUUCACCACCACCCCUCCCACCACAAAUUAUUCCUGUGGAGGCUUCCUGACCCAGGCGGCGGGGAGCUUUAACAGCCCCUUCUACCCCGGGAACUACCCGAACAACGCCAACUGCGUGUGGGACAUCGAAGUUCAGAACAACUAUCGGGUGACCGUGGUCUUCAGAGAUGUCCAGCUUGAAAGCGGCUGUAACUUCGAUUACAUUGAGGUGUUUGACGGCCCCUACCGCAGCUCCCCGCUGCUUGCCCGGGUCUGCAAUGGGGCAAGUGGCUCCUUCACCUCCUCGUCCAACUUCAUGUCCAUUCGCUUCAUCAGCGACGUCAGUGUCACGAGGGCAGGGUUCCAGGCUAACUACUACUCCAGUCCUUCCCCUGAGAGCACCCGGCUGCAUUGCCUGCAGAAUCACAUGCAAGCCAGCGUCAGCACGAGCUACCUCCAAUCCCUGGGCUACUCUGCCAGGGACCUUGUCAUUCCCGGCUGGAAGUGGAACUACCAGUGUCAGCCCCAGAUUACGUCCACCCAGGUGACAUUCACGAUUCCCUACUCCAGCUGUGGCACCAUCCAGCAGGUGGACAAUGACACCAUCACCUAUUCCAACUCCCUCAGAGCGGCUGUCUCAAGCGGCAUCAUCAAGAGGAAGAAGGACCUCCACAUGUACGUCAGCUGCAGAAUGCUCCAGAACACCUGGGUUAACACCAUGUACAUUACUAACGACACCCUCGAGGUCCAGAACGUGCAGUACGGCAACUUCGACGUCAACAUUUCCUUUUUUACAUCCUCUUCGUUCUUAUAUCCCGUGAGGAGCAGCCCAUACUACGUGGACCUGAACCAGAAUCUGUACCUUCAGGCUGAGAUCCUCCAUGCCAACGCCUCCCUGGCCUUAUUUGUGGACACCUGUGUGGCAUCACCACAUCCCAAUGACUUUACAUCUUUGACUUACGACCUCAUCCGGAGCGGGUGUGUGAAGGACGAAACCUACCAGUCCUACUCUCAGCCGUCGCCCCGCAUCGUCCGCUUCAAGUUCAGUUCCUUCCACUUCCUGAGCCGCUUCCCCUCCGUGUACCUGCAGUGUAAGAUGGUCGUGUGCAGGGCGUUCGACUCCUCCUCCCGCUGCCGCAGAGGCUGCGUGGUGAGGUCCAAGAGGGAUGUGGGCUCCUACCAGGAGAAGGUGGAUGUUGUCCUGGGACCCAUCCAGCUGCAGACCCUGCACGCUGAGAAGAGGAGCCUGGACCAGCCAGCGGUUGACCUGGAGGAGAAGGCCAGCGCCCAGGGGAGCUACGACGGUGCUGCUAUCUCUGCUGGGAUCUUUCUCGUCGUGGUCUUGGCCGUGGCAGCCUUCACCCUGGGGAGGCGCAGCCAUGCUGCCGACGGCCAGCCUCUGAUCUCUAAGACGUGAUGCAGGGAAGGGCGCACGGUGCUCAGAGGUCCCCGAGCUCCGGAGCCCCCGGAGGAAGGAAGAAACCAGGGUCCAGAGCUGGGCACCCAGAGCACCCUACUCGCUUCCUCUGGCCCAGGUGCAUGGUGGGGGUGGGUGAGAAGGAUGGGAGUAGGUUUUCCCAGAAACACCGCCUUGGUGCUGGGACAAAACGCCAGGCCAGCAGGUACCAGAACCUGAAAUCCUGCCUGCAGCCAUGAGCCGCACUAGAGGCAACAGCACUUUUCUGGAUAGAACUUACUUUCUGAUCUUUUAUGGGCUUCCGGGGCCUGUCGUGUAUAUCUUAGCCUUUGCUUAUUACAGGACCAGCUGAAUAAAGAACUUUUUUGAAAGCA